AUGCUGCAGCUCUACCUCCUCGCCGCGCACGCUUUGCGGCUCGCCGGGGCGGCCUUGCUCUCCCCCGGGUCGUGUACCUUUGAGGACAGCGCCUGCGGCUACCAGUGGGACUACGCGCAUCUGCCCUGGGCACUGCACGCGGAAGGACAUUACAUUUCUGUGGAUACAUCUUACGAGGGUGAGAAAGCAGUGCUGUCCAGCCCUGAGCUGUAUUCUGAGGAGUGGAGCUGUGUCAGAUUGAUUUAUCAGAUAGCAGCGACUCCAGAGACUUCACCUGAUCCAGCCAGGCUCAACCUGUACUUGAGACAGGAAGGAGAGAGCUUUGAUCGUUUGCUGUGGUCGACUGAGGAGCCUUCAGAUAGCUGGCUCAUAGCUAGCUUAGAUUUAAAAAACAACACAAAGAAAUACAAGAUUGUACUGGAAGGUGAAAUGGGACAAGAUAAAUCAGCCAGCAUAGCAGUUUUUGAAAUUAAAAUAACUACUGGAUAUUGUAUUGAAUGUGACUUUGAAGAAAACCAUCUUUGUGGCUUUGUGAACCGCUGGAACCCCAAUGUCAACUGGUUUGUCGGUGGAGGGAACAUUCGCAAUUCUCAGUCUAUCUUGCCCAAAGACCACACACUUAACAGUGAACUGGGUCACUACAUGUAUGUCGACUCUGUUUAUGUCAAGCAUUUUCAGGAAGUGGCCCAGCUAAUCUCACCAAAGACCACUGCUCCAAUGUCUGGCUGCUUAUCUUUUUAUUAUCAACUUAAGCAGGAGAGCAGCAUUGUUUUUACUGUUUACUUGAAAGACACGAGUGGCUUUUAUGAAGAGAUCUGGAAAACGGACAGUGCACUGACUGCGGACUGGAUGCUAGCAGAAGUUGACUUCAAUGCACCAUACCCCAUGGAGGUAAUAUUUGAAGUUGCUUUCAAUAGUGCCAAGGGAGGUUACGUUGCCCUUGAUGACAUUUCUUUCUCUCCAAUUUUCUGCAGCAAUCAGACAGGAACUUCUUUCGAUCCUGCCAAGGCAGGCUGCAAUUUUGAGGAAAAUCUGUGUAAUUUUUACCAGGACCAUAAAGAUGGCCCAGGAUGGAGCAGAGUGAAAGUGAAGCGUAAUGUGUAUAGAGCAGGAGAUCACACUACUGGGUUUGGUUAUUACUUGUUGGCGAAUACAAAGUUCACAUCACAGCCUGAGUAUAUUGGACGUCUGUAUGGCCCAACCCUGCCCGGAAACCUGCAAUUUUGUCUGCGCUUUUAUUAUGCCUUAUAUGGGUUUUUCAAAAUGAGUGGCACUCUUGCUGUUUAUAUCUUUGAGGAGAAUCAUGUCGUUCAAGAGAAAAUAUGGUCCGUCUUGGACUCUCCAAAGGGAGUUUGGACUCAAGCUGAAAUCUCCUUCAAAAAGCCUAUGCCUAGUAAGGUUGUCUUUGUCAGCUGGUGUAAAAGCUUCUGGGACUGUGGACUUGUGGCACUGGAUGAUAUAUCAUUGCAGCUUGGAAGCUGCCAGGCUGCUGAUGUAUUGUUGCCCAAUCCUGGAGAGUGUACUUUUGAAAAAGAUGAGUGUAUGUUUAUCCAGAAGAGGAGAGGUCGUGGGAGUUGGCACAGGAGAAGGGGUCCAACUCCCACUUCUUACACUGGACCAAAAGGAGACCACACUACUGGGGUAGGGUACUACAUGUAUAUAGAGGCAUCCAACAUGGUCUAUGGACAGAGAGCAUACCUAGUUUCAAGAUCACUAAGAGGAACCUCUGGAAAACAGUGUUUGACAUUUUUCUAUCACAUGUAUGGAGCUGGGACUGGAUUAUUAAGUGUUUAUCUAAAAAAGGAAGGUGAUGAUGAAGAGAUUCCUUUGUGGAGGAGGACAGGGGAACAAAGCAUCUCAUGGCUAAGGGGACUGAUAGAAUAUGAAAGUGACAGAAAAUACCAGAUUAUUUUUGAGGCAAUCCGUGGUGUGUCAAUCAGAAGUGACACUGCUAUUGAUGAUAUUCUGUUCCAGGCAGGAUCAUGUUUAGAAGUGGAAGAAAUUCAACUGUCAUCAGGUUAUCCUGACAGCUUAAAUGAAAUUGAGUAUUAA